GAAGACCGGGGCUUUGGCUUUGGCUUUGGCUUUGCUCGUGUCACCAGAAUAUUUCCUCGUGUUGUUGUUGUUGUUGUUGUCUCACCAUUGCGUCUGCGUCUGAGUCGCCUGGAGCUGCAGGCCACCAUAUUCUCUCUCGACCGAGCUCUCUAGGGUUGUAUUCUGUGAUACCUCUCCCUCGCUCCCGGUCUCGGUGCAAUAUUUGAUGACCCUUUGGUGUGUGGAGCUGAAAAUUGAAAGGAAGGUGGUGGAGUGUUACUCUUACUGAGAAUUGUUAGAGGUGGAUAUUAUGCGCUGAAUUAGUGUCACGUUGAUGAUUAGUUGACACUGGCUGGCAUUCUUGAUACAUGGAAAGGAAUGGAGGCACGCCCUACUUUAUCCAUUCAAGGAGCUGGUGCAAAGCAUCUUAGUAACCUGGAAGCAUCUGGAGCUAUGUCCUCGUCUUUGCCAGUUCUUCCCAUACCCCUUGAACAGAAAUAUCCAAAAUUACCAGACUCCCCACAAGUUUCAUUUGAAAGGGAACUGAUGACAAAUCCCAUGCCUCCACGUGGAUCUUCAAUGGUCACCAACAGUAGUGUUGUUGGGCACAUAUUUUCAUCAGACUCUGGAUUCUCCUCAGAUCUCCAGUUCUCUUCUGUUUCACCCCAUGAAAGACAUUCUAGAAAUGCACCUUUCAUUUCUCAGUUAUCAAACAAUGGAGCAUCUCUGCCUUUAACACCGUCUUCUCAUUCAGGACCAUUCCAAUCAAGGGCAUUGAGUCAUUAUUCCAAAGAAAGCAGUGAUGUUUCUUGGUGUACAGAUCCACUGCAGGGUUUUCUUGAUUAUCCUGAUAGCGUCCCCACCCAAAAUUGUCAAAUAGAAAGUAGUGGUGGUGGUGUCAUGGCAUCUGAGGACCAUACUAAGCGAAAUGAUUGGCAGGAAUGGGCGGACCAACUUAUCACCGAUGAUGAUGCUUUGGCUCCUAACUGGAAUGAGCUUCUUGUUGACAACAAUUCUGUGGGUCUUGAACCAAAGACAGAAAUAUACCAAAUGCCCAAACAAUCUUCAAAUUCUUCAGUGCCCCAGCCCCAAGUUCAGCAGCUUUCUAUUCCUUCUGGAGAACUUUGCACGGUUGGUAGUCCCCCUUCCUCUGUCGGUGGUGCCCCAACCAAGCCACGUAUGCGUUGGACACCCGAACUGCAUGAACGUUUUGUAGAAGCUGUUAGUCAGCUCGGUGGCAGUGAAAGAGCUACUCCCAAGGGUGUGCUAAAGCUCAUGAAAGUAGAAGGAUUAACCAUCUACCAUGUGAAAAGUCAUCUGCAGAAGUACAGAACAGCUAGGUAUAGACCAGACUCAUCAGAAGGCACAUCAGAGAAAAAAACAAAUCCAAUCGAGGAAAUGUCUCUAGACUUGAAAACGGGUAUUGAGAUUACUGAGGCAUUGCGACUACAAAUGGAAGUUCAGAAGCGAUUGCAUGAACAACUUGAGAUCCAAAGAAAUCUACAGCUGCGUAUAGAAGAACAAGGCAGGUAUCUACAGAUGAUGUUUGAGAAGCAAUAUAAAACCACCGGUGAGAAGCUCAAGGUCUCUUCACCCACUCCGGGGGAUCCUGCUGUUUCCUCAUCAGAUGCCGUGCCCCAUUCCCCUGCCAAUAAUGAAGCAGAUACCUCAGAGAAGGAUUGUGCCAAAACAGCAAUUAAUGCUAUUGAUAACAGUGCAACCCUGAAUGAGAGUAACCAGAAGUCGGAUGGGAAGCAAAAGACACCUGAAUCCAGAACCACUGAAGGUCCUGAACCAGCUGUUGUUGGUCAGUCUAGUUCCCCAGCGAGGGAAUGA